GGCAGAUAAACGGGUCCUAGAAAUAUUGGUGGGUGGCACGAGGAGUCCGUGUUUGGUAAGAACCCUAGUCCACCCUUCCGGCUGCGCCGACGCAAUUUCCUCCCUCGCCGUGUUCGAUUCAAAUCGAGAAUCCAUAUUCGCGAGAGCGGGACGCCCCUCGCCGAAAAUAGAAAUGCAUAUGUAGAGAGAUUUCUCGACCCUAGGUCUCGCCGUAUCAUGGGGCAGCUGAUGCUCAAUCGGGUGAUGUCGAUGCAGCGGGAUGGUGGUCGCCUGCAAAUCCAACCCCAGAAUGGACCAGCUGAUUCGACGGUUGACAGAAAGGACUCACCCUGCAAAGAAGACCAUAAUUCCCAAGAUGGUAAAGCACAAUAUCCUCGGCCACAUCUUCCAGAGGAUAUCUGGUGUCAUAUACAUUCCCUACUGCCAAUGCGAGAUGCUGCUCGAGCUGCUUGCGUAUCUCAUGCAUUUAAACGUUCUUGGAGACGCUAUCCUAACCUUGCUUUCGAUAUGAUAACAUUGGGCAUAGAUAUAGAAUCAUGUGGAGAGGAUGAAAUAGCAAGGAAUUUUACCAGCAAAGUUGACCACAUUUUGAAAAACCGCCCAUGCAUUGCCACCAAGACCCUCGAGAUUGUUUUCUGUUACUACAAUGUCAACGUCUGUAACAUUGAUAGCUAGUUUCAGACUGCUGUUACACCGGGGAUUGAAGAACUCACUGUGGAACUAUCUUCAAACUCAGGAACAUAUUACAACUUUCCGUGGUCACUUUUGGCUAAUGAGAGUGGAAACUCGAUUCGGUAUCUAAAUCUUGCCCGUUGUGCUUUCUCUCCGACUGGCGGGUUGUGCUUUAAAAGCUUGUCAAGACUCGAGCUAAGCGACGUUCAUAUCACGGGGGACCAGUUGGGAUCGCUUCUUCAAAAUUCUUUUGCUUUGCAACGGAUGCAACUCAAGUGUUGCAAUAAGAUAAUUUGCUUGAAGAUACCGUUUCAUCUACAACAGCUCAGAUAUCUGGACGUGUUUGACGGCGGCAGCUUGCUGCGGGUUAUAGAGGUAGAAGCUCCAAACCUCUCUAAUUUCCAGUUUAUGGGUCAUCGCCAAGUACAACUAUCGCUUGCAGUAGGAUUGCAAUUCAAGAAGUUCGACCUGUCCUUUCCUGGUGCUGUCAGCUAUGUUUGUUCUGCUUUUCCGCCCAGCUUGCGAUAUGUUGAAGCUCUUUCCCUAGGUUCAUGGCGUGAGAUGAUUGAUACACCGGUUCUACCUAGCAAAUUCUUACAUCUCAAGCACUUGAGUGUUGAUCUUCAAGCAAUGACAUUUCCCCCAACCUACGACUACUGUUCUUUGAUAUCCCUUCUUGAUGCUUCUCCUUCCUUGGAGACCCUUGUCAUGAACGUUUUGCAGAAAAAGAUGUUGCACGAAUCAAUCGUGGGAGAUACAUCACAUUUGAGGCAGAUGCCAGGACACCGCCAUGAUAGCCUCAAAACAGUGAAGAUCAUUGGUUUCUCCUCUGCGAAAAGCUUAGUAGAGCUAACAUGCCAUAUCAUUGAGAAUACAACGUCACUUGAGGGCCUUACAUUGGACACCACAAGAGGACAUCCUUCGUAUAGCUGUUUAACCAACAAUAUUGGAAAGUGCAUGCUGUUGCGCGGGGAUUUUAUGGUGGAAGUUCGUAAAGCGCUCUUGGCUAUCAGGACAUAUGUUGAGCCAAAAGUUCCUUCCAGAGUCAAGCUAAAUGUUGUGGAGCCUUGCCGCCGAUGCCAUGAUCAACCAUUGAUCAUAUGUUGAACUUCAUAUGCAAGUUAUCAUAAGUACCCUAUGAUUCCUGUGUAAGUUAAACUAGAACGUCGAGGAACCUUGCUGCUGCUGCUACCCGGGUUAUACACCCCAAACCCAAUGUUUAACGUGAGGCUCGUGUGUUGCCAUGUAAGUAGACCUCCUGCCACUGCAAUGUUUCUAGGUGUAGGAGCAAGCAAAGUAUAACUGGAAUGGACAGAAAAUUGUUGAUCCGUAAACGAUGUACUCCCAGUAUCCAGUAGAGCCACUGCUCUUUUUCCAUUGAGAUAGAUGACCACAGUGGGUGUGGCAGGGGAGCACCACUGAUGGCUUGGGCAGAAAUGAACAUCACAUUUUCUGUGUUGUUCCCUGUA